AUGUCUGCCAUAGAAUAUAGUUAUUUACUGUGUGAAAUAAGUGAAAAACUCGACGAGCUCUAUCCAAUCCAUCGUCUUCUGUUCGCGUGUCGAAAGUAUCUGUCAUCUGGAAGCGAAGGCAACAUUCAGGAUACGCUAUCGUUAUUUAAGGAAUUGGAAGAUCAGCAAAGUCUCGAAAUUGAUAAUCUGGUGGUUAUCAAAGAGCUUUUAAAAGGUGUCAGAGAAUGGCCUCUUUUUGGAAAAGUGAAAAGACUCGAGAACAAACGGAAAGAAUACAACGCCUUGCUCAAGGAGAUAAUUCGUGUGCUCGACGAACUCAAUGAUCUGGAACGGCUCGUCUCAAUUUGCAGAGGAAAGUUAUCUGAAGAAAGUGAAGGCCUUAUUGAUGAUGCUCGCUCGUUAUUGAAGGAACUAAAAAACCAGAAUAUUCUAGAUCUUGAUCGUCUUGAUAUCUUAAAGGAGAUCCUCACCGAAACGGAGAAAAAGGAUCUACUCAAGGAAGUGGAAAAGUUAGAGGAGCGAAGAAAUAACGAAGAUGAGUUUGAGAGGAAGAAAGCACCAUGUGUAGGAGGUGUGUCCUUUGUGGUAGAGAACUUAAAAAGAGGUAUAACUUUGGUGUGUAAUUUUCGUACCGUUGCUGGUGGUCUUCUAACGGUUAACAGUGGCAUGGCUCUGCAAAAGUGCUCUAGUCGCCAGGACUACCAGGAGACCUUUGAAAAAGUUGUAUUACCUUCAUCCAACAAACUGAUUGAGAUCAGUAAUGGUUCUGUACGCUUCACGGUAGAAUCUGAGAAUUUGAUUGCUUUGAAGGAGUUAUGGGAGAUUUACAAAGAUGGAACAUUGCAGAGUCGUCUUCAAGAAUUCCUAGUCACUAAUGAAAUUAAGGAGCUUGCGAAUGGAGAAGACAUUGAGGUGACAGUGUUCAUUGAUGAACACGAGUAUAACGAAGCCUAUUUCAAUUUGUUUUUACUUCAUCAAGCGCCAAAUGUUGAAGAGGAGGAACGGCCUGGACGAAGAACUCGAAGGAAUUCUGACUCUUUUCUUUGCGUCAAACCCAAUGAGAAUGAGAUAGGCUUGAUGAAGCUAAUGGAGGAAACAGAAGACAAAUGGGGGGAAGAGAAAAAAAUGCUUGAAUUAAGGAUCGUAGAGCUUGAGGAAACUUUGAAGGCGGAAAGGACGAGAGAUCUGGAUCAAUGCGAGAUUCUCGAACGUCCACGAAAAAGAGGUCGAAGAAAUUCUGAUUCCAAUCUGUAUUACAAAGCAAGAGAAGAGGAGGUUGAACAAACUGAAAACCAACCAGAGCGAGCUUUAGAGGGUGGAGCACAAUUGGAUUUCGACAAGCGUAUGUUCGUAGAGAAUUAUUUACAGAAUAUCCAUGAAACACACAGCAUGACGACAGAGACAAGUGACAGCGGAAUAAGAACACUUGGUACAACAUCUGAGAUAGAAAUGCAAGACAUAUCUGGCGGCGACCACAAUCUUUGCUGGAAAGAUCUCAGCAAGGGAGAAAUUAGCGAACUGGACACAAGACUGAAUGGCGAUCAAACUGCAUUUAAACAAAUAUGCCAGUCAUUUGGAAUGGAUAGUUCUCUGUUCUUCGCUCGGGCAAGUGUAUUUAGUAAAAUUCUCGGUAUGUUUCCGGACACACCUGUUAAGCUUUUAAAAGAAGUCUUUGAAGCUUUACAGUUAUAUGACCUGAUUGAUUUGCUUGAAGAAGGAAAACCACGAGCCACAAGAUCGUUGCGACCUGCUCUUCGUUUACAGGAAAUAAAGAAAUUAAGGAAUCCUGAUGAUCUUCCCAUAUCUUAUCACAGCAGUGCAGCUGUUCUGAUUAUUGACAGUAUGGAGACUUGCGACACUGAGGGGAUUGAGAAGUUUUUUAAAGAUUUUAACUCUAAGAGCGAGGUAACUGUGGUGCGCUGUAGAAACUUAUUUGAACUUAUCAGACAGAGAGAGAGGGAACAUUUCUUUCAACCUUUUCCAGUGCUGCCGAGUAAAGACGUAGAGAGAGAGAUAAACAAACUGGGAUCAACUUCUUCAGAAGUCAUACAGAGUUGGAAAUCCAAUGAAGAUAAAUUUUCGUUAUUUGCUGUAAUUUUCAACCUCCAUCGGAGCCUUGAUCCGUGCCAGCUAGCAGAGAUGGUAGUUUUCCCUGUAAAGGAGAGGUUGGUUGCCUUAUUUCCCACAAAAGUGAAAUUGAUUAUCCGACCUUUUUAUGAGGAGCCAAGAACAGGGUUGCACGAAAACCUAGUUGACGUGUGUACUAGGUGUGAAGAUAGUGGUUUCCUAACUUCGAUGCUGGAGAUUUUUACCAGACGCUGGCAAACGAUGGACCUUAUAUCAAUGAUGAGAGAAUUAAAGAGGUCUUUAAGUAAAAAGAACAUUAAAUUUAUAAAAGGAAGGAGACACAGACUUUAUGGAAGAGAAGACAUCACGGGCGCGAAUGAAAAAGACAUUGUUCAUUCUGGAUUGGAGUUCACCUUAGAACGAUCAGCUAAGCAAAUUAUGCACUGCGCCAGUGAGUACGACCUAGGUCUAGACAUAAGGACGGCUGCUUAUACUGUGUCCAUGGAAAAAGUCUACAACACAUACACUGUGACUGAUUUCGCAUUUACAUAA